GUUGUUGUAGUAGCGAAUAAUGGCGGCUUCGGGAGGCGGACUGUCGGCUCCCCCUCACGUCGCGGUGGCCAACAGCUCGGCUCAGAACCAGGCCCGGGCCCGUUUCCCCGGCCGGCCGUGGUCGGUUCGUAGCCGGGUGCGACUGGAGAAACAGCGUCAGCGCCGAACUCUGGGCUCCGACAGCGAGGAGAUGGUCGCCGGAGGGCCGAGGCCUGUAAACAUCGGGCUGGCGUUGAGCGACGACCCGUCCCUGCUGCUCUUGCUCGGCGUGACCGAGAAACACCAGCGCCGGAGAGACGUGGGCUUCGCCUCGAGUUCGAGCGAAGAGGAGGAAGAUUUCACCGGAUUUGGGACCACAACAAUUCGUCCACAGCAAAUUCCAGGCAGGUCUUCUCAGGCAUCAUCGCCCAGCCAAGAAAAGCCUCCCCCAACUCCUGUCACUUCUUCGGGAGCUAAGCCUUUGAUUGGAAAAAUUGUACCAAGGCGCCCUAAACAGGCCCUGGUUGGGAAAAUUGUACAGAGGGUCUCCAAACAAGACCAGGGCAUCAGCGACAGUCCAGCAAAAGACACACCCAAGAUAGCCAUUAAACUGCCUGUCAAGCGAGUGGCCCCCAGUCCAAAGGUUGAACUCACUGGGCAGCAGGUCUCAGGUUCAUGGAGCAGUACAACGUCAGAAGUGGAUGCAACUUCAGGCAACAGCAAAGACAACAGUCAAAAUCAAACAGCCAAAGACUCUACCUCAGCUGGUAACACUAAGCAGGAUAAGUUGGUGUGCACUUUGACAGUGGUUAAGGGCAAAGAAAAGGCCCCUGGGGCUCAAGAGCCUGGCGAGAUGUCUGGGGACCCUGAGACUGAGCAAGCCCGGUUGCAGAAGUCUGGGAAAAGCACUACGAAGUCUCAGCAAAGGCGUGUCAAAGGGGCUUGUGGUGUCUCACUCGAACAUGGCAUCAAGCAGCAGAAAAGAAGAGUCAUCAAGGAUGAGAGUAUAUCCCUUGAGGCUGGAGCUGAGGGUGGGGCCCAUAGUGGGCAGGAAGCAGCAAUGCUCCAAGAGGGCAACACGAGAGUUGCCAAAAAAGUAAAUUCAUUUCCCAGAAAGCAUCAGCGUAAGUCUGUGUUCGGCUACAGGAGGAAACCAUCCAAGAACUUUCCGAAAUUGGGUCGUGUUCGUGUCAGACAUGUAUUUUACUCCUAUGUACCAGAGAUUAUUCCAGCUGCACCAAAAGAGGAACAGGAGCAGCAAUUGCAGGGCCAGAGCAACAUCACAAUGGAGGGUGACCCAGGAUUGCCCUCUGGAGAGGUCCAGUCAGGUUCCAGUAACACCGCUAUGCCUGUAGUGAGCGCCAGGUCUUCUCGAGUCAUCAAGGCCCCCAAGAGGUUCCUGGACGAGGAAAUCAUAGCCUUCCCAAAGGGCUCCCCAUUAAAAUGGCUCAAAAGUCAAUCCAAAGAUGACUGCAAGUUGAGCGCAUCAAGUCACGAGUCAUAUAAUGACAGUAGCUUGUUGCAUUCAGACGUUAAGUCAGUAGCUGGCAUCCCAGCUGCCAUCAAGAAGACUUGGUCAAAACUCAGUCCAGACUCCAGCCACCUGGACGUCUACAAGAACCUUAAAAAACUGACCUCCAAUCUGGCAGAGAAGAAGAAAAGGCCAUCCAUCACGCAGGGUGAUAAUACAGGUAACGACCCUUGUUUGACCUUUCCAGUGAGGAAGAGGAGGAGGUCCAAGCUAACUAUGGAAGAGAUGAACUCUCCUGGCGUAGUAAGGAAGCUAGCUGUGUUAGUGAACAGUCCUGCCGUUUCGUCCACCCACGUGGCCUCAAGCCAGAAAACAGAGGAAGAAGUGGACAGUAUGAAAGAUAACAAAGCAGUUGGAGACAAACCAAUUGCUGAGGACAAUAAAGAGGUGUCAGAGGUGAGCGGCGUUGGCCAACGAAUUGGCCUCACCGGAGCCAAUAAGAGGAUGCUCCAUCUUCUCAAAAGAGCCAAGGUCCAGCUCAUCAAGAUCGACCAGCAAAAGCAGCUCAAACUGUCACAAGUGGGAUCCAGAGAAUUGGGAGUAUCAGCAUGCAGAAGGAGGAGAGUCGCACUGUCUCUGAAAGAUACCUGUCCUCAGGAGCAACCGCUGGCUGGACCAAGGAUCAAGCAUGUAUGCCGGGCAGCUGCAGUAGCUUUGGGCCAGCCCCGUGCCAUGGUGCCCGAUGACAUCCCCAGGCUCAGUGCUCUGCCGCUGCACGAGAGAGAGGGCAUAACCCCUUCACCGGCAGCUGAAGAUGUUGCAGAUGAUUACGAUGACGAUGACGAUGUCUCUGAUCAGGAAAAGGUUCAGUUGGUUUCCCAGGAGCACCUUGGGAGGAAGAGGAGGAGGAGGAGGGGUCACAGGUUCAGAAAAAGGAAGUUGCUUAGCCGAUAUGCGCCUGGAGGUGUCCGGUCCCGGCGCUGCGGGGUCUGCCACGGCUGCCUUAUCGAGGAGGAUUGCGGCAAAUGCAUCAACUGCCGUGACAAACCCAAGUUUGGUGGGCCCAACACCAAACGACAGUGUUGCAUAUAUAAGAAGUGUGAGCGGAUUGAGAAGGGGAAAGGCGAGCGCAUAGUGAAACCAUUGAAACUCCAGGCGAGGCGGUUGUCAGGUGCCGCAUCAAGCGAUGAUGAUGUGGAGUGGGAAGUGAUAGGGGCUGAGGAGGGAUUGUCCACAGUCCCACCUGUGGACCGGAGACACUCGCGGCGGAACAUUACACCACGCUCCUACAGCAGCCUGCUCAAGUCCGAAUCUGAAGAGGAGUCAGACAGAGGCUCUACGGUCAAGCCAGCUCCCGCUAUUCCUCGCAACCAAGCUAACCAAGAGCUUGCCUGUAGUGGAUCAGUUCCGGGUGACAUCCCCAGUGAGAUGGUGAAACGUCGGCCCUUCCCCAGAGGUACAGGGGGCAGACCGAAAAUUGUUAAGAAUCCUGCAGACUGUGCACCGAUGAACGCCCUGGCGGGGUUAACAAAUGGAUUUCCCCAAAAGGGCCUGUUGCAGACAACACACAAGAUCCGUGUGGACUUCAAGGAGGACUGUGCUGUCCAGAAUGUAUGGUUAAUGGGCGGUCUCAGUGUCCUCUCUUCUGUCCCCACCACACCUCAGUCUGUCUGCCUGCUCUGCGCCAGUAAAGGACUUCAUGAGAUGAUAUACUGCCAGAUCUGCUGUGAGCCCUUCCACAGUUUCUGCCUGUCAGCAGAGGAGCGCCCCCAGGAGGCAAACAAGGAGAACUGGUGCUGCAAGCGUUGCAAGUUCUGCUACGUAUGUGGCCGCAAAAGCAAGAGCACCAAGCCUGUACUACAGUGCCAGAGAUGCCAAAACUCCUACCACCCGUCAUGCUUGGGACCAACCUACCCCAAACCUAUGAACUGUAGCAUACCAUGGGUGUGCAUGACAUGUAUUCGGUGUAAAAGCUGCGGUGUGACACCUGGAAAGUCCUGGGACCUGGCCUGGAAUCAUGUGCAGGACCUCUGUCCAGACUGUACUUCCCUCCACAACAAAGGUAAUUUCUGCCCAGUCUGCCACAAAUGCUUUGAGGACAAUGAACAUGACAAGCAGAUGGUUCAGUGUUCCAAGUGUGGCCACUGGGUUCAUUCCAAAUGUGAAGGAUUUUCGGAGGAGCUGUUUCAGAUGUUCUGUAGCCAACCAGAAGGUGUGGUAUUCACCUGUUCACACUGCACUUUGAAUCUGGCAAAACCCUGCCACUGGAAGGAGGAACUGCAGGGGAGGCUGCAGGCUGGGCUGGAAGAGGUGAUAGCGGACCUCGUCUCCUCCUUCGCCACUCAGCAUCUCCUCAUUUGUCAGGAGUGUCAGGAAGUCAGUAGCACAGAAUUUGCCAGGGACCACCAACAACCAGUAUGCGAUCUUCAUUCCUUGGGGAAGAAGCUUGAAGGGGGUCAAUAUACUAAAGUAAAAGUGUUCCAUGAGGAUGUUGUCUCAAUGAUGAGGAAGUGGCUGAAGAAGGAGGAGCCCCUCCCUGAGGAUCAUAGACCUACUAAUCAGGCCAAGGAGCACUACCUCAAGUUGAUGAAGCGGGUUUUCAGCUGGUUUGAUGGACACAAUCUGAAAAUAUGGAACCCUGUUUCCGACGAAUUCCCACGUGGGAUGCUCCCUGAGGCAGUUCUUCCCCCAUCUAUGGAGCACAGCUAUGCACAGUGGCUGGAGAGAACAUACCAGAAGUCAGAGGGCCCACAAGAGGGGAACCCCAACACUCCACUGCCCUCAGUCAACGCGAACCAGCCUGGUGCAGUGCCCACCCUCCCUCUCAGUUCACCAGGUGUUAGGAAUGAUUUGGAAUCCAAAGAUCAGAGGCAGUGUGCAUUAUGCCAACUCCAGGGCGACUCGGAUCCCAACGAGGAAGGCCGGCUUUUGUACUUGGGACAGAAUGAAUGGGCCCAUAUUAACUGUUGCCUGUGGUCUGCAGAGGUUUACGAGGAUAACAGUGCUCUUUUGCAAGUGCACAGCGCUGUCUCAAGGGGGCGUCACCUGCGAUGUGAUCAUUGCGGACAGUCAGGGGCCACUGUGGGGUGCUGUCUCUCCACCUGCCAGAGUAACUUUCACUUCAUGUGUGCACGUGCCCAGAAUUGUGUGUUCCAGCUUGACAGGAAGGUGUUCUGCUACAAGCACAGGGACCUCGUCAGUGAUAAGAUGGUGUCUGAGAAGGGGUUUGAAGUUCCUCGCAGGGUCUACGUGGACUUUGAGGGCAUCACCUUGAGGAGGAAGUUCCUCACAGGCCUUGAUCCAGAAACUAUAAACAUGACCAUAGGUUCUCUGCAGAUUCAGAAACUUGGUGUGCUAUCAGAGCUGUCAUCCAAUGGAAGGAUGCUUUAUCCUGUUGGCUAUCAGUGCUCCCGGUUGUACUGGAGCACAGUGGACCCACGCAGGCGUUGCAAGUACACCUGCCGGGUGACAGAGGUGUGCACUCCUCUCCCAGGGGAAGAGCGAGACCCCAGGUGGGACAAGGAAGAGAACCACACCAUAAUCCACAGUCCCAACCACUACAAGGAAAUGGAGUCUCCAGAACAUUUGAGCAUUUCUCCCGAGGAGGUCAGACCAAGUACCCCUUUACCCAACUCCAAACAGGACCACACGUCUGGAGCCAAAACCCCUGGGCACGCACACACCAGAAGACCAUUAGGAGGAUCAUCUAGACCUCUUCCCUCUCCAGGGUCUGCUCUGCCCAAAUCCCAUCACAUCCUGACUUUGAGAGACCUGGAGGACACCCGUCGGCCUCGCAGGCACUCAAGAAACCGCUGUAGCUCCUCCCCAACAGACAGCAACCCUUCAGUACCAAUGACGCUCCGAUCGGGAGGCACCCUCCAUUCCCGAUCUCCCCUUUUCAGCUCCCCUCCUAGAUCCUCAGAUCGCUUACCUGCAUCACCUCCUUUGUCACAACAAGGUCACAGAUCAGUGUCUCCAAGCUGGGGAUCCUCGCCCACCUCUCACUCCAACUUUUCCCCAGGGCUGUCACCACGGCAAGGGGCCAUCACUCACUCCCCUAAUAGAAGGCAGCUCUUCAAGAUCACCACCCCAAUAUCUGCUGAGGUUCCCCAAGACUUCCUUGUCUCGUCCGAGGCAGAGGAUGCAGCAGUGGCUACGACCAAUGGAAUUUCCCUUGCCCCUGAUAACCUGGAGGACGAAGUAGCUCACCUGAUGGCCCAAGAAUUGCCCUACACCGUGUUUGAUCCUGACACCGAGGUAGCUGUGGCCUCCAUGCUGAAUGCUAAGCUUGAUUUCGAUGAGGCACUACUCAGCGAAAAUGUGGCACUUCACUGUGGGGCACAGGGGGGAAGAGCAGACAUGGACGGUGAGGUGCAAGGCGAAAUGCAGGGGGAUGAUCCUGAGCACAGCGUUCCAGAUGUGGAUGACAGCCAUUACUUAAAAUUUUCACGUAAGGUGGUCAUCUGUGAGGCUCCUAAGGACUCAGACCAUGCAGGUCUAGCUCAAUCCCACUCGGUGCAGUCCAUCUCACAGCUGGAUGGUGCUGAUGGUGGGUCAGAGAGUGACGGGAGCGAGGGUGUUGAGGACAAGGCUAAGCACAUUGGGGAAGAAACUGGGGAGGAUGUCAUACAAGUCAAUCAAAAUACACCCACAAAGAAACUGACAGUUUCUCUAAAGAGACUGGAGUCUGUGUUCACCGGGACUAAAUCAUCAGUGGAACAAAAGGUAGCUACGACAAAGUCAACUAGUGACCUGGAGUCAAAGGCUGAACCCUCACCAAAGCCCCUUGUCCCUGACUCCAAUGAAGACCCAUCAGUACACACAGAAGUCCUGGCAGAAUCUGAGACAGCAGCCUCCAAAAACGAAAUUUUUUUGGAUCCAAAUACAGGCCAUUUUAUUUCCGAAGAUGAUACUUCUGUUAUGUACCUAGAAAACAACACAGGCCUUGAAAAUGAUGACAGCAGUUCAUCAGCUGGAUCAGUUGAUGGCUAUAAAGAUGACCUGGGUGACCCCGACUACUUCCCACAAUCCAAAGCCAAAAAAACGGCCACGGCACAGAUAAAAACUGUCAUUGUCAAACCCAUACAAAAAAGUAUCCCAACAAUAAAUUUCAAAUGCAUUGCAUCCAAACGAUGUCCUCCACAGUCAGGCAAACUCUCCAAGGUGCUUUUGCCUCCUCGGUCCGCUCAGACUGUAAGCAAUGCCUCAGCUUCCACUUCCCCAGCUGUUUUCAGUUCAGUGCCACGCACAGUUACCUCUCCAAUUGUGAUCAAUGGCUUGAACUCUUUACCUAUACAACCUGGAGCGACAAGGGGCAGAACCAUCGCCAUCCGAAUUGAUCCCUCCAAGCAAGGGGCUCACCAACCACUGUUGAUCCCUGCUCAGGUUGGUGCCUCGAACUCUGCCCCAUCCCCUCCCCCACAAGUCCUGCUGGUCAAUCGUCAAGGUCGGAUUCUGAUCAAAGACCCCAGAUCUAACACAUAUCAAGCAGUCAACACCAACUCACCUGCUUACCACAAAAUAAGUCAGAUUGCCAAAAUGCUCCACAGCAAUAAUUCCUUGCAGCGCCCUGUCCCCCAUAUGAUUAUAAAGCGUCCUUCCAGCUCCACCAGUUCCCCCAGCUCAACAGCCACCCCUCCAAGCAACCACACAACAACCUCUGAAAGGAGAGUCAUUGUCAAAACAGUGCCUAUGAAUAGUGUUAGGACUUCAACUUCCGUCAGAGUCAAGAAUGUGUCCGUUUGGGGUCCUGUCGGCAACCGUGGAUGCUCAGCCCAGGCCAUCAUUGAAAGAGCCAUGGCUAGCCACCGAGAGAUGCCAAGGACACAACCCAUUAUCCUGGGCUCUGCUAAGCAACCUGAUGUCAGAUGUCUAAGUCCAUCUCAAUCUCAGGUCCCACACCAAUUAGAGAAUCUCCAGUCACCAAGUACAACACCAGCAGCCCCUGGUGACCUCAUCACUGAGCCCACUAUCGACACCUCCACCUCAUUACGCUCUCAGGUGCGCAUCAAGAGAGUGUCCUCCGUCACUGAGCGGCCUGGUAGGAAAAGGUGCAGGACAGACUUCUUGAAGGAUCCAACACCUUCAAGCGAGCUAGAUGGUCCAAACGAAGCCAGAGCCAGUGGUGUGAGAAUGAAGGCGCCAACAAUGAAAGAGGUUCUUGAUCUUAACCAAGAGAAGGUUGAGCAGCCAAAGAUCAGUACUGAAGAUUCGGCUAGAAAGUCCCCUUCGCCUAGGCCUCUUCAGGCAGACAGUCCAUUUACCAGCGCACUUGGUAAUGUUAAUGCCCAGGGUAAAACGCACAUCUGGGUCAGUGCUCGCCAUGGAGACCUCUCUGAAUGGGGCCCUUAUUCAGGUUUUAGCUCAGAUGAGGAGAUGGUAGCUCCUAAACACAAUGACAGAACAUACAUGAACCAGCCACACCUGCGCUUUGAAAUUACCAGUGAUGAUGGCUUCGCUGUGAAGGCUGACAGUAUAGAAGUGGCAUGGCGUGCAGUGAUCAGUGGUGUCCUAGAAGCAAGGGCAGGCUUCCACCUCAAGCAGUUGCCUCUGGCUGGGAUGAGAGGGCCACGCGUGCUGGGCGUGAUCCACGAUGCAGUCAUCUUUCUACUGGAACAGCUUCGGGGAGCCGCCAGCUGCAAGCACCAUCGCUUCCGCUUCCACCGCUGUGACCCCACGGAGGAGGAGCUGCCCCUCAACCCAAGUGGCUGUGCACGCGCUGAAAUAUACAUGCGAAAGUCAACAUUUGACAUGUUCAACUUUCUGGCGUCACAGCACAGAAAGCCCCCUGAUAUAUCAGCCCCAUAUGAUGAAGAGGAUGACGAUUUCCCACUGAAGUCCACCAGGAGAGCCACCAGCACUGAGCUUCCCAUGGCCAUGAGAUUCAGACACCUGGAGAAAACCUCAAAAGAAGCAGUAGGAGUUUACAGGUCAUUAAUCCAUGGGCGCGGGCUAUUCUGCAAAAGAAACAUUGAAGCCGGGGAGAUGGUGAUUGAGUAUGCUGGUACCGUCAUUCGAUCUGUGCUGACAGAUAAGCGGGAGAAAUAUUAUGACAGCAAGGGCAUCGGCUGUUACAUGUUCCGCAUCGACGAUUUCGACGUGGUGGACGCAACGACGCAGGGCAACGCCGCGCGCUUUAUCAACCAUUCAUGCGAGCCCAACUGCUACUCGCGUGUCAUCAACGUGGACGGCCACAAGCACAUUGUCAUCUUUGCCCUGAGGAAGAUCUAUAAGGGCGAGGAGUUGACCUACGACUACAAGUUCCCCAUUGAGGAUGAGAGCAGCAAGCUGCACUGCAACUGUGGUGCGAGGCGCUGCCGUCGUUUCCUUAACUAGUGCGAGUGACACACAAAACGACGGCGACAGCAGCCAUCUUGUUUUGAAGUACUUGAAUUCUCAAAAUAGACUUGAAUAAAAUGACUUAACAAGUCAUCGAAAAAAGACUUUGGUCAAUGACACGCACACAAAAAGAAGUUUAUUGACGCUCUCCACUUUGUUGUAGAAUUAAUUUAUAAAUCGACUGUUGCAGGGACAGCACACGUUUUCUGCCGGGAUCUGUCCCGCGGUUGUUUUGAACUGCUGUCUUAAACGUCACGGAAACCAAAAUUGGAGCCAUAUGUCAAAUCCUGAAAUGAAGACUAUUUAUGUCAUCUAAUAGCUUAAACUACUGGAUUAUUGUAUUGGUCUUUGAGGACAUGCAGGUUAUUUAAUGGGACUGCAAUAUAUAUAUACACACAAUUUUUUUCUUUUUUCUUUUUCUUUUUUUUUUUUUUACUUUUAAGUUGCAUACCAUCUCAAAGACGAUGUUCUUUAAUUCUUGUUUUUUGAACCCGCUGUGAAAGGCCUCUGCUGGAACUGGGGCCUCGUACACUUUUCCCCUAUUUCCCUUAUUUGCUACAAACGGUGCGAAGCCGAGAGCACCUGGUCAUAGUUUAUCCUCGGAUUUCUCUGUUGUAAAGGAUUCCACUGUCGCACUAAUGAAAGUGUGUUCCUGUAAAUACGAGCUCGCAGCAGCGUAGGAGGAGAAAAGUCGUUGAGCACCUUAACUCGCCCCUUUGCUGUGUAUUGCAAACCUGCCUGAGCUUUUUUGGGUUUUUUUUUUUGUUUUUUUUUUGUUUUUGGUUUUUUUGGUUUAUUUUUUGUUUAAAGAACAAGAUGAAAACUUGAGCCUAACCACUUCUGUGUACAUGUUUUUGGCGCAGCUAUAUUUUAAACUUGUAUUUCAACACUCGGGAUCCACCGCAAACCACAACCAUCCAUGGACAGGAAGUCCAAUACUCUUAUGUUGUUACUUACGAAGGUGCUGGUGAGGUGUACCCCGUAGAUUUGAGGAGGGUUUUUAAGUGGUCACUUCGUAAAGGUUCACCAUUCCUACCCUCCUCUCGGUCGGUGUUGAACCUGUUCUUGUUUUUAUUUGUAAUGGCAGACACGCAGUGACCAAAAUGUUUUUUUUACUGCUAGUGAUUGCAUUGGGUUUUUUCCCCCCUACUAUUUGUUUGUGCUGUUCAUGUUGUUGUUGUUUUUGUUCUGUUUUUGUUUUUUUGGGGUUUUUUUUUCCAGCUCUAUAAGGGAGUUUUAUGGUGCAAGGUAAAAAAAAAUCAAAAUAAUGAUUGUACUCUGCCUGUUCCCUUAUAAAUCUCUUCUCUUUUUUUUUUUUUUGUAAAUUGGAACAAUAAAUAUUCAACAUGCUUAUGAUAGUAAAUUUCUCAUGAACUACUGGCGAUUGAAAAUUCUAAGCGGGGUUGUGAAAUUCAAGACAGGAACUGAGCGAGUCCCGAGUUAGUGUAGCCGUUGUUUCGUCAUCUGCAUAGCGGAACACUCCUCCACCGUCUGCUGUCUCACAUGGGUGUACUACCUUGGUGGCUCGCAAAGACGAUAACAAUGACGGGCGUCCGGGUAGCGUGGCGGUCUAUUCCGUUGCCUACCUACACGGGGAUCGCCGUUUCGAAUCCCUGUGUUGCCUCCGGCUUGGUCGGGCGUCCCUACAGACACAAUUGGCUGUUGUCUGCGGGUGGGAAGCCGGAUGUGGAUAUGUGUCCUGGUCGCUGCACUAGCGCCUCCUCUGGUCGGCCUGUUUGGGGGGGGGUAGGAGGGAACUGGGGGGAAUGGCGUGAUCCUCCCACGUGCUACGUCCCCCUGGUGGAACUCCUCACAGUCAAGUGAAAAGAAGCGGCUGGCGACUCCACAUGUAUCGGAGGAGGCAUGUGGUAGGACUGCAGCCCUCCCCGGAUCAGCGGAGGGGGUGGAGCAGCAGUGACCGGGACGGCUCGGAAGAGUGGGGUAAUUGGCCAAGUACAAUUGGGGAGAAAAAAUGGGGGAAAAUCCAAAAAAAGAAAUAACGAACUGAAGUUUUGAAAACAUCCAUUU